AUGGCUUUCUCUCUCUCCGCCGCCUCUCACUCACUCUGCUCCUCCCCCAGAGUCUCUCUCCCCGCCGCCUCCUCAUCCUCGUCUCCUCUCGUUGCUAUUCCUUCCUCUUCAUCACCGCAUUCUAUCUCUUCUCUCCGAAUCGUCUCAUCUUCCUCUCUGUUCCCACAUUCCUCCCUCAUUCAGAAAAAGUAUCCGAUCAAUGUGACGAACAGAGGCUCUAGCACCGGGAUUUCGCCGAAAUGCGCCGCCUCCGAUGCAGCUCAAUUGAAAAGCGCCAAAGAAGAUAUCAAAGUGCUUCUCCGUACAAAGUUUUGCCAUCCGAUUUUGGUGAGAUUGGGAUGGCACGAUGCAGGUACGUACAACAAGAACAUAGAGGAGUGGCCACAGAGAGGAGGAGCUAAUGCGAGUAUCAGAUUUGAGCCUGAGAUUAAACAUGCUGCAAAUGCUGGUCUCAUUAGUGCUUUAAAGCUCAUUGAGCCUCUCAAAGAAAAGUAUCCAAACAUCUCUUACGCCGACUUAUUCCAAUUAGCUAGUGCCACUGCAAUAGAGGAGGCUGGUGGUCCUGAGAUUCCGAUGAAGUAUGGGAGAGUUGAUGUGACGGCACCUGAACAGUGUCCUGAAGAAGGAAGACUCCCUGAUGCUGGACCUCCUUCACCAGCUGAUCAUUUGAGGGAAGUGUUCUACAGAAUGGGACUAGAUGAUAAGGAGAUUGUUGCUUUAUCUGGUGCACAUACUCUAGGAAGAGCCAGACCAGAACGUAGCGGCUGGGGCAAGCCUGAGACAAAGUACACGAAAACUGGACCUGGAGAAGCAGGAGGACAGUCAUGGACAGUGAAAUGGCUGAAGUUUGACAAUUCUUACUUCAAGGAUAUCAAAGAAAAGAGAGACGAAGAGCUGUUGGUUUUACCCACUGACGCUGCGCUAUUCGAAGAUCCUUCAUUCAAGAUUUAUGCAGAGAAAUAUGCUGAAGAUCCGGCUGCAUUCUUCAAGGAUUACGCUGAAGCUCAUGCCAAGCUCAGCAACCUCGGCGCCAAAUUUGAUCCUCCCGAGGGAAUAAUCAUUGGCAAUGAUCCUACACAAGGAACUCCAGAGAAGUUUGUAGCUGCUAAUUAUUCCACUAAUAAGAAGGAGCUUUCGGAUUCGAUGAAGAAGAAGAUAAGAGCAGAGUACGAAGCAAUAGGAGGAAGCCCAAAUAAGCCAUUGCCCACUAAUUACUUCCUCAACAUCAUCAUUGCCAUCAGCGUUUUGGUCCUCUUUUUCUACUUCUUUGGUAAUAACAACUCCGAUGAUUUCUCUGGUUUCUAA